AUGGACGAGGCCUCGCGGCUGAACAUCCCCGCCGUGUUCCUUGGCAAUGUGCCACAUCACGAGUUGCCUCGGCUGUACCGGGCCGCCGACUGCUUCGUGACCAUGAGCCUCUCCGAGACCUUCGGCCUGACAUGCCUGGAGGCGAUGAUGUGCGGGUGCCCGGCCGUGAUGCCCUAUUGCCCGGUCUUCGACGAGAUUUGGGACGGGAAGACUCCCAAGGCCUGGCGGUACGCCAUUCACAAGGAGAAUGGGGUGGACUUGCCUGGGCUCUCGUCGGCGAUCGCGGAGGGGCCCCGUGCCAGCCCGACUCUUUCCAUACUUAAGUCCUGCGCUGUCGCAGGCACUCCAUAUCCAAAGACCAGCCUGGCGCGCCUCGCUGCUGGCAUCCAUAUCCUGAUCGUUCUGUUCGCCCUCAGGCAGCUGUCGGAACUAGCGGAGGACCUGUUCGGCCUCGUGGACCUGAACACAUUCUUCUCUCGCCACGUGCCAGACGUCAGGUGGCAGAAGAUUUGGAAAUGCUUCCCACGUUUCCUGAAGGUGCACGAGUUCCUGGCAUCCAGCAAGCAGAACGCGUCACAUCUCGAGGAGCUUGCGACAUGGGACCGGGUCCCAGUUCCUACAGCGGCUAUCAGGACGGCGCUGGCUGAAUGGAUACAUGCUUCUGGUGUACUCGUUGAUGAACUUAUUCUUCAUGGUGACGUGCCUGAACGACGCAUUCACUUGCAAGUUCAGGCGGCGCAGCUGCCCCUGCCCGAGCCCUGGCACUCUCUCGAGCACUCAAGACACCCGAUGGCUUCCGCACAUUCAGUGGCUUCGGCACAGGAGGUGCCAGUACCCCUGUAUACGUCAGUGCCGACAAACACGCCAAGCCGGUCAGGCUGGGCCGGCCACAACGUCGGGGCGCAGCGAGCCAAGGGCAUCACCACUUUUGAUGCAGUACCGCUCGUGGUCGUUGGAGUUCAAAGACCAGAAGAACCAUCUAAAUUACGAUGGGGCGUGCCCAUCCUCGCCCGCUUCAAGAUUGGCAAGCAACCAUUGGUGGCUGCAUUUGGACAGGCGUUCGCUAGCGUGGAUGCGUCUACGUGGUCUAUUUAG